AUGGAAACACCUGUCACCUCCCCGGGAUGGGAUUCAAAGGAUCACCACCAGGCAUACGGUCGAGACAAUUCGACGGAGGCCAGUUUGAAGCCCCAUUUUGGAAUCUGGAGCUCGCUGAGUGUAGGUCUCAACACCUUGAACCUCUUCGGGGGGAUCUCCUUCAUCAUCACCACGGCCUUUUCAGCCGGGGGCAUCCCGGCCGUUUUCUACGGAUACCUCGGUGCGAGUGUAGGGGCCAUCUGUAUCACGGUUAUUUUUAUUGAAUGCGCCUCGUUGUAUCCGACUGCGGGCGGUUCUUAUCACUUCGCUUCGUUUCUGACACCGUUUCCCCACCGGCGAUGGGUGUCGUAUACAGUGGGGUGGUUCAACUACAUCGGUUGGGUCCUGACCUUUGCUGCCUGCUGUGCCAUCUCAUCUAGCUUGAUAUUCGGCAUUGUGAACCUUCUGGAUGGCAGCUUCGACGUCUUUAUCCGCUGGAGGCUGUUUCUCGGGUAUAUCGCCUGCGCAACGGCGGCUUGGGCAAUCAAUACCUUUGCGAUCCAGUGGACGCCAUUUUGUGCACUGAUCGGAGGGUGGGCAGGAACAUUCGGCUUCGUGACCUACACGAUUGCUCUCCUCGCGGUGAGCCCCAAGCAAAGCGUGGAGUUUGUUUUCCAAGACAUAGUGAAUGAAACUGGAUACCCCUCGAACAGCAUGGCGGUCUUAAUCGGCUUGUUCAGCGCGACUACUGUCUGGCAGUGUCUCGAUGCGCCGACCCACAUCGCCGAGGAGAUUGCAGAGCCCACCAAAGUCGUCCCGCGAGUGCUGAUCCUGAAUGUCAGUAUCCAGUGGUUUAUUGGUGCGAUCUGGAUACUCACUAUUGGAUUUUGUAUGGUGAAUCCGGACCUUGUCAUUCACACUCGAACCGGGGUCCCAAUCCUGGAACUGGUCCGUCAAGCAACCGGCAGUCAGGCAGCUGCCGUAGCUUUCGGCUUCAUUCAGUUGACAGUGUACUUCGCGUCCACUGUUGCGUGCGCGACAACCACCAGCCGACAGGGACUUGCCUUCGCUCGAGACGGAGGGUUCCCGUAUUAUGGCGACAGGUAUCUUUUCUCACCACAAGGAUUCAACGCUAUCCUCGGCGCAGAGUGUGCCUUUUUGCUCCUCAGCUUCGGCAAGUCCCCUCUCGCCCACCACCUCAUUCACGAGAUGGGUAAUACCCAGGGACGCUGGGCUCUCGGCUCCAAAUCGUACGCCAUCGCCAUGGUAGCAUCCGUGUAUAGCGUGUUCGUCGCGGUAAUCGUGAUGAUCCCGCAGCAGCAUCCGCUGACUGCGUCCAACAUGAACUAUACCGUCCUAAUCUGUGCAAUCUUCUCUGUUAUUAUUCUGGCCGGCUGGUUUCUCAAAGGCAGGCGGCAGUUUGUUCCGCCGUCGUUGGAGCUGAUUGCGGGGGUGGAGGUCAGCGGUGCGGCGCCAGAUAUUGGUUUGACGAGGUCUCAGAGAGAAGAGAUAGGGGGCAAAAAGGAGUGA